GGCCAAAGGACGUUAGCCCGCGACCGGCUGCCGACGCGCGUCGACUCGCUCCGUCUGUUGUCAAUUGUUCCACAACCGUGGCAGGUGUCGGUGCCGUGAUGUGUAUAUUGUGAAGUUUAGUGUCGAACUUUUUACUUCUUUCCUAUUCAUAUCGGAUUGUUCUACAAGUUUUCACCAUGGGUGAAUCUAUGCUGAAAGAGGACCCGCUCUCGAGAAUUCAAAGGGAGAUCAUAGAAGUGACAGAGAGGGAACGGGAGUUCAAAGAGGGUCACUUCAGAAUCAACAGACUUAUGUCUGAAUCUACGAUUGAUAUGACCAGUCAGAACGGACACAUGAAUGGCGAUGCAGAGGAUAAACCGCCUAAGACCCUUAACCGAGCAGUCUCAACAUCCCAUCUUUUAGGGCCAAUUGCGCCCUCUCCGCCCAACACGCCUGCGCUAUUAAACACUAACGGUUACACACGUCGAUUUACGCCGCAAACUGGGACGAAAGGAAUUAUGCAAAGGUUUAUAGCUAACAAGGGAAAGUUACCGGUAACCUCGCCUGUCGCCACGACCCCUACCGCCGUAAUUCAACAGCCGCUUGUUUUCACCCCCAUCUCAAUCGCGCCUAUCUCCGCUCCAGCUCCGAUCAGCCGGACCCCUGAAGGAAAACCCGUGCGCAAGGGCUACGUACCUGUAGAAGAAAAAAUACAAAAGGAACUGAGAGAGAUGAAAGACAGAGAACAUGAACUAAAGAAAAUGAGAAAGAAACAGAAACCAUUCGAUAUUGAGCUAAGCGAUAAUGAAACCACCUCUGAGUCGGAGGAUGAAGAAAUUCCUAUGCCGGGGAAGUUAAAAGCUACAAAAUCCAUAGGAGAGCUAUACGAGGCACUCAACGAGGAACUAAGAUCUCCUUCGCCGAGAAAUAGUUCAGGUAACGAGUCAUUGGGAAGCUUGAAGCCGGCUAAAUCUUUGGCAGAAUUGUGCGAUCUCGGACCCGGUCAAGAAUUCCUGGCGCCGAGCUCGACGCGCCUCAUAGCGCAGUGGGAGUCCAUAAUACAGCAGAAGCAAGAAGCCGGGGCGGCCUAGUUCUAAGCUAAAACUUAACGGGGUAAAUGCGUAAUGUUAGGGCGUGUGACGCCAAAUAUGUUUCGUUAAUCAAAAUCGCUAGCGAGCGGAACCAUGAGCGCCGAGUGUGUCCGACAGCCGGUAUACUCAUUAAUGUGUGUACGUCAUCUGGUGGAUAGUGUAACGGAGUGAUCGCUAUAUUUAAACCGUUUUGUAGGCAUGUCUAAAGAUCGUUUAUCGGUAAAAUUAAGUGACGGUUAAAAAUUGUCUGACAUCGAGAGUUAUCACUGAGCAACAUAUCCAAUCGAUUCAUUUCAGCAUUUGAUCAAAUGUAGAACAAUUAAUUUUCACCAGACCACGAACAAUGCAAAUGAUGGUUAUCCGUAAGAGUAAUUAUCUCGGUGUUGGAAAGCAGGCGAUACACGACGCGGGUUCGUCAACGAUGUGAGUAAGACAGUUUCUUCCUAUUGUUCGAUAUUUACAGCCUACUGAAAAAAACAGUGAUGAUUUUUUUGCGAUGGCGCUUUCCCGCAACAUAGCACUGCAGCGUAAUCGCCUAUCACACAUAGUGCCGUAUGAGGUCUCAACUCUCAAUUGACACCGUGGGAAGCUGUGUGCGGGAUGCAAACAACGAUAAUUGAAUUUGUUUCUGUGUCUCGCAAUGUUCUCGCUUAGAACAUAAACGCUUUCUCGUUCAUUCCCGUUUCUACUAUCAUCAGCUAUUUUAAUAACAAUUUAUUAUGUAAAUAACGUGUUAUAUUUUAUUUAAAUGUUCAAGUCAUUCUAAAAGUAUUUCUGACUGAAGUUUUAUUAAGAUAUGUUAAUUAUUAAUUAUUUUACCGAGCCAACGUUAACUAAAGUUAAUCGUAAAUCGUCGAUAUAUUUUUUUUCUGUAAAGCAAAUGAUUGCUACAGUUAAUAGUUACUUUCGAUCAGUGCAAUUAGUCGUCGAUAACUGCCGGCUUGUAUAAUUCGUAUCAAAUUAAGAAGUACUUUCACAUUAUGCAUACUGACCGCUUUUGUUAGAUCGAUUUGGAUACCACUGAUCGAAAAAUAUAAAUAGAAGGCGCUAAAUUAUCAAACAUUCAUCUGUUACGCGUUCAGGAAAUGUGGUAAUAUAUGUAUAGUUAAAGCAAAUCACAAAAAUGCAGCAUGACUGCUGGUGCCGGGUGCUUAUACUUUGGAUCGCUAAAAUCAAUUAAUUAACAUUGUGUGUAAGGUUUCAAUCUUUUACAUAUCAUACUAUUUUUACAAAUGAAAAUUUAUAUCUUUCGAUCAAAGUGAUAGUGUUCUUAAAAAAUUCUAGUAAACCUAUGUAUUUUUAAACUUGUUAAUUAAGUAGCUUUUAAAAUGAAAUUGCAAUGGAAUAUGUUCUAAGAUACAAAAUAUAUAUAACGCAAUGACAAUGUUUAAUGUACUAAACCAAGUCAAUACAUAUAUAUUAUAAAAUUAGUAUAUUAGAUUUUAUUAAAUAGUAAAACAUGUUCAAAGAUAGAUUCGUUAGUGUCAAUAGUAUGUGCCUUAUUGUUAAAAUUAUACGUAAUGUUUCUGCACAAUUUAGAUAUCAUUGAUAUAUACACAAUUUAAUAUUGCUUAACUAACUUAAAGGCAUUAGUUUUUAGUUGGGCUAAACGAGCCCCCAACAACGUUAAUAUAAAUACAUUUUUUAUGUCAAAAUAUUCAACGAUAAUGACAAAUGAAUGACAGUUUGGAUAAUAUAAUCUAUAAGAAAGCUUAAACUUGUUUCGAGCAAAUUCAUUGUCUGGUGAAGCCAGACAUGAUAAUUUAAGCAUAAUAUUGAAAUAGUCAAUUUAAAUUAUUGAUUUAGUUAAUAAAUAUUUGAGAUUGAUAGUUUUAACACCCGAUUUAUGUUAAGUUUUAGAUUCGAUAUUUUCUAUCUGUGCCAGGUUAUAAAAAUAUGGCGUGUUUCCUUUUUAAAUAUUUACAAAAAACUAAAAUAUAUUUACAUCGUGUAACUUUUUACUAUGUACUUAUUUAUUUGGUUUACAAGUUCUCGAGAAGCUGAAGGAUAGUUCAAAAAAGAUCCAAGUAACAUGUCUACAAUAGAAAUAUUCCUCUCUUCGAGAAUGUAACCCAAAACCCGUAAUGUGAUAAAAUUGCCUUAUUGUUAAAACGUUUUAUCGUAUUUAUGAAUUUCGUAAUGAAGAUUCCUAUUUAUAGUAAAAAAUAAAUUUAAUCUUAAGUUUACAAAGUAAAUAUUUAUAAUUUAUAUUGUGCAUAAUAGAUGGAAUGUUAAUUUAUGUUAAGGUUUUCGCAAUAAAUACAUUGUCAAAUGAA